UAACUUUGAUCUUCUCUCUUCUUCUUCUUCUUCUUUCCUUGCUGUUAUUUCUGCGCUGUCUUUGUGUAUAUGCUUCCACACUGUAUGAGUUCUUGGGAAAAAAUUUCGGAAAAGUUGCCAAAAUUGACAUUAGCGAUGACUUCUUUUUUCCUGCUCACAGUUAUCAUGGUAUGCAAUAAAUAUGGUUGUUAACGCUGGUAGUCCCGUUAUAGAAAAGGUGGUUCAGAGCUGAAGUUUGAUUCGGCUUUCUUUAUCUCGUUCGAGUUCGCGAAUACUUGAAACGGGGGGUUUCUUUGGAUAGCUAUAGCUCGUUCUUCACGUUUUCCAACUUCAGUGCAGCCAGAUCUGAAACAGUUGUACAGAAAUACUUGCCGUGAAAUCUCUUUGUUUUUUCUCUGUCUCGAAUCAAAUUUCGUCUGAUAAUGGAUUGUCUGGGUUGGGACGAGCCGUCGAUAUGGAGCAAUGAAGUACAACAUGAACUUGCUCAAGGCUCCAUAGCGUCUAAUACGACCAUUAAUUAUGGAAUUCUUAGUGGCAAGGUGGAUCUCUAUGAGGGUGUUUUUCAAAGAACGAGGAUGUCUGGAAUAGGUUCAAAUUCCGAAGGAGUAAACGAAAUGGCCCAGCAAUUAGUUCCGACCUUGGAUUCGAUAAAUGUAGUUUCUGAUUUGAACUUGUUGCAGCGCCAAGAAGCGAUACGGUUAGCAGAUGCAGCGCUUCUUGCUAAGUCAGGAACUGGAAGCGCGGCGUGGGGAGAAGCUCCAACUACUGCAGAAUUAUGCUCUAACCAUGUGAUCAACAGGCCUUGCAGCAUCAACCCAUUGAGUGAUUUAAUGGCAGAAUUAGGCGCAGUGGAUCGAUUACGAGUUAAAGAUGGCAGGGCUGGAGUUUCUGAUACUGGUUCACUUGAAUCCUUCGACUGCUUGCUGUCAGCAACCAACAGCAAUACAGACACAUCAAUGGAAGAUGAUGAUAUUUCCAUGAUCUUAUCGGAUUGCAGAAAUUUAUGGAAUUUUAAUUCUGGUGGUGCUGUUUCAUCGGGAGAGUCCGAGAACAAUGGCUCUAACGGGAGCAACAAAGAUAUGUGCUGGCGGUUUAAUAAUGAACUUGAUGAAGCGGUCUCACGGGGUUCUUCAAAUCCAUUUGUCAACCAUGGCAGACCUUCAGAUGUUGGGCCUAAUUCUAAUAAGAGAAGCAAGGUUGAACAACAACUCAAAGUGAUGAGACCGAACAAUCAUCAUUACUUCGAUCUUCUUCAGUCAGAUUCUUCGACUACGGAUGGUGGCUUCCGGCUCAUCCCGGAGAACCAACCAAAACCAAAGAAACCCAGAUCGGAGAAGCAAAGAUCAUCAAACAUCAACUUCCAGCAGUCGAAUUCUUCUUUUUCUUCAGCCGAUGAGCUAGAUGCGGAGGCCAUAGCGCAGAUGAAGGAAAUGAUUUACCGAGCUGCGGUUUUCAGGCCCGUGAAUCUAGGCUUGGAGGUGGUGGAGAAGCCCAAGAGGAAGAAUGUAAGAAUAUCAAGUGAUCCACAAACAGUAGCAGCAAGACAUAGAAGGGAAAGAAUCAGUGAGAGAAUUAGGGUGUUACAGAGGCUAGUUCCCGGGGGAACCAAGAUGGACACUGCUACAAUGCUUGAUGAAGCUGCAAACUAUCUCAAGUUCCUCAGAUCACAAGUCAAAGCCCUAGAAACCCUUGGUCACAAGGCUGAUUCUGUAAAUUGUUCAUCCACCAACCUUCCACCCAACCUCCCUUUUCCCAUGCAAACAAUUUUCCCACUCCCAAAACCCUAGUCAAGAUUCUUCCUCCCAUUAUUCCACCACCCCAAAAGACCAACCAAAAUAAUUAAAAAAUAAAACAAAUAUCAUACUACAACCCCUCGUAACCAAACUCCGAAGGAGAAGAAGAAUUAACCAAACCCAAAAUCAUACUCAUCAUCAUUUCUUCACCAUAAUCCAAAACCCCAUAUCAUGAUCAUCAUUAUUACAUCUUCUGUGAUCAAGGGUUGUAAAAAGGCCUAGCACUCAAGGAGGGAAAAAAAAAAAAAGGGAAAGCCCCUUUUUCAUAGGAAAAGCUUUAACAAUUAUAACACCUAUGAUUAACAUGUAUGUAGGUAGGGUUAGAAAGUGGUGUAUCACUUCCUGUUGUUUUAUUUUAUUUUAAUGUAAUUCGAGUUAUUAUAUGUACUUAAGAUCACUUUUAGGAGUUGGAGAACAAUGCAAAAGGGACAUUCUCUUAGGGGCUAUGAACCCUAGUCAGAGGGUCUGUCUCCUUGAUUCAAGCCAAAGCGUGCCCUUGAACCUCAC